AUGGCAAAUGCACUACCAGAAUCCCCAUUACACGAACGAAACGUAACGGAUAUUAUCAUUCACGAUAAUUACCUCGCCGGUAGGCUGAAAAAUGACAUUGCAUUGAUCGUGGUGGAUAAAUCAUUGAAAUUGACCAAUGCUGUGAAUACUAUUUGUUUACCACCCCCAAGCGUUCGCACCAAUGGAGGUACGAUUUGCACUUCAGGCGGUUGGGGCAAAAGUGCGAUCAAUCAAAAUGGAAAAUAUCAAGCAACUCCGAAAAAAAUUAAACUACCAAUUGUGAAUCACAGAAUUUGCGAGGCAAUCUUAUCCCCGGGAUUCAAACACAAUUUACCAGAUAGCUUCAUUUGCGCAGGCGGUGGCACAUUAGAUACGUAUAAAGGAGACGGCGGAUCACCAUUAUUUUGCAGAAUUCCAAAUGACAUCGGACGAUUUUAUCAAACAGGCAUCGCCUCUGGUGUGAUGACGCGAUAUGAGCAAAAGAUCAUCGCCUCUGGCAUGACGCUAUAUGGGAUACCUGGAUUGUACGUUAAUGUUGCGUAUUUUAGCGAUUGGAUCACACAACAACUUCAAUUUAUUAACGGGAGGAUGAGACCGGAAAAUAUUUUAUCAGAAGAUUUGUUCUUUGAAAAAAGAAAUUUUGAAAAAUAG